AUGAAAACCUCUGCCACAAAUGCACCGGGACAGGGUGCUCCACCAGUAUCCCACAGCCCCCGCCCUCUGACCCACCCCAACCAGAUGCUGGCGUGGGACGUGGUGUGCCCCAGCUCCCCGGCGCGCCUGGCAUGGGACGUCUGGAUGAUGGCGCUGGUCGCCUACUUGUGCUGCGUCGUGCCCUACGAGGUGGCGUUUGCUUACAGCAGCGCCGGCCUGACGGUCGUGAACGCGGUGGUUGACGCCAUGUUCUGGAUCGACCUGCUCAUGAACUUCAGCCACGCCGCCGUCGCGCGCCGCUACCUGCGCGGCUGGUUUGCUGUUGACCUGGUGACGACCAUGCCCUGGGACACCAUGGUGAUCGCACUGGUGGAGAGAUGCAGCCUGGAGGAUGGGGCGCCUGCACACGCUGCGCGCGUGGUGCCGCUCAUCCGGGUGCUGCGGCUGCUCAAGAUAGCGCGCAUGCUGCGUGUGCUCAGGCUGGGACGCUUCAGGCAGGGCAUGAUGCUGACGAUGUACGUCGGCUGUGGCCUGCUGAUGCUGCACCUGCUGGCCUGCACCUGGUACUUCAUCGCCACGCUCGUCUCACCAGACCUGGCUGGAACAUGGGUGGAGCGGGCUGGCUUCAAGGGCGCAGGGCCGUACGAGCUAUACACGGCCUGCGUGUACUGGACAGUCUCAACGCUGGGCACCGUUGGUUUUGGUGACAUCGUCGCCUCCAACCCGCCAGAGAUGCUGUACUCCAUAUUUGCCAUUGUCGUGGGCAUCUCCGUGUUUGCCUACACCGCGUCCAGGGUGUCGGUGCUGGCGGCCGACCUGGCAGGAGGUGACGACCAUGUUGAGGCGCGGCUGGGGGAGGUGGACACGUUCCUGCGCGCAUGGAACGUGCCGCUGCGGCUGGCGCUGCGGGUGCGGUCGUACCUGGCGUUUGUGCUCAAGCGCCAGGUCAGCAGGGAGCAGGCUGCCCUCGUCAACGAGCUGAGUGCCCCCCUGCGCACAGAGCUGGUGCUGGCGCUGCACCGUGACGCCCUGCAGGCGGUGCCGCUGCUGCUGGGGGCGCACGACCCGUUGCAGCUGGCUGAUGUCGUGGCGCGCCUGCAGCUGCAAACCUUUGCACCGGCCGACAGCCCGCCGCCAACACCCAUUGGCUCCAGCACCCGCGGCGAGGGCAGUGGCAUUGAGCGGCGCGCCCGCAGCAUGGGGCGGGCGUGGCGGCGCGUCAACCGGCUGAGUGGACGCUACCGGCGGUUGGGACACCUGACGCCUGGGCAGCAUUUCGGGGAGUACAGUGCCCUGCUGGGGGAGCCCAGGGCUGCCAGUGUUGUGGCGGUGGAGUUCUGUGAGCUGUUCGCACUCAGCAGGUGA